AUCAGAAUCUGCUUCUGUUCUUCUCGAUAAUAAAAUUUAUAUUCACGGCGGGAUUAGUGAAGGCUUGUUCCUUUCUGACCUUUUUUAUCUCGAUGUUUCAUCAUCAUUUAAUAUAAAUGAUAUAUCUUCAAUGCCUUGGGUUAACCUUCCUUCAAGUCCAUUAACUAGAACUAGCGGGACAGCCUGUAUUGAUGGUGCCAAUAAAAAUCAAAUUAUUUUUAUUGGUGGUUAUGGCAUGGCAGGAAAUAAUUUUAGUUCCAUGUACAAUAUUACGACACAAGAAUGGAACAAUUUAAAUGCACCUGCAAACUAUAAUGCAACUUUUAUUAAAUGUAUUCUUUCAGGAGAUGUAAUAUACAUUUAUGGAGGAACUGGAAAUACUAUGAUUAAAUUGGACACGUUAAAUUUAACUUGGACGGAAUCUUUACUAGUACCAUCAUUAAAUGCUAUUCAGGCUUAUGGUGUUGCACUUUUAGACAAUACAUCUAUAUUAUAUAUUGGAGGUUCACCAGGAGAUACUGCAAACAUUACACUUGAAAAGAUAAAGGUAAAAUUAUAUAAUAUAACUACCGAUUCUAUGAUUCCAAUAUCGACAACAGGAAAUAUUCCCUCGUUACGAUUUGAUCACGGAGCAAUUUUUAUAUCAGAAUUUAAUCAAGUUUUGAUUCUUUAUGGAUACCCGGAUUCUUCAAUUAUGGCACUUGAUACUCAUAAAUUUGAAUGGACAAGUCCUACAAUCUCAAAUGGUGGUCCCAGCGCUACUUUAAGACAAUUUACUUCGAUUCUAAUAGGAACUUAUAUUUUUAUAGCUUUUGGUGCGUCUAAUGUCGAAGGCAAAAAUAGUACAAAUAAUGUUUUUCUUCUUGAUGUGAGCCAAAAAGAUAAUUAUAAAUGGGUUACAUCUUAUGAUCCUACAAAAACUUUCCAAUCUACCUCUAUAACUUCUGACACAUCGAAAGAUUCAUCACCUAUUAAUCCUUCAAAAACGAUCCAAUCUCCUUCAACAACUUCUGAAACUUUGCAAAAUUCAUCGUUUCUUAAUAGCGUUAUAACUGUGUCAAUUACUAUAGUUUCAAUUGUUUCAUUUGGAGGGAUUGUAAAGAUAAUAAUAUUUAUUAGUGAAAAAAUAGAAGAUAAAAAAUUAAUAAAACAUGCAACAAAUAUAUUGACUGCUCGUAUACAAAAAUCAAAUAUUUUUGAAAUAUACUAUAGACACAAUUACUAUAAACCUAUUAGCUUUGUUUGUGUCGAUACUACUAUAUUAGGGGAGCAAUGGGCUGUUGCUACACCUUCUCAAGUAAUUUCGACUGCCGUAUUGUCACCAAAAAAUACUGUAACUACAAAUGAAAAUAAGAAUAAUAAUUCAAUUACGUUAUUCCAAAAUAAUUCUACUAAAAUAUCAAAAGAAAUAAAUGUGAUGAAUAAUGAAAAUUCAUCUGCCUCUACUACUACGUCAGCUACUUCUACUGCAUUUACUACAACUUCAGCUACCUCAUAUAGAAACACUUCUUUACCAAAAAUUGAUUUCGUAUCUAUUUUAAUCAACUCAAAGAAUGAAUUGUUUUCUCAAGCUCUUACUGUAGAUCCAAAAAUGUUUAUAUGA